AUGGCUAGCCCUACAGUUCUCUCGUUCGAUUCUGAGGGCCGCCCGAUUAAGUUUGAUACCUGGCUCGAUGAUCUGCACCUGUUCCUCCAGCUCACUGCCAGAGAGGAUAUCUCGCUGUACGAUCACGCACUAGGCACAGUCCCUGCUCCUGCUACUACUGCUACCGCUACUGCUCGCUCGCAGUGGCAGACUCGCGAUGCCCACGCCCGCUUUGCUAUUCGCAACUCCCUGCCAGUAGAUGAGCGUGAGCACUUCGGCCAGCAUCAGACCGCGCAGGCCCUGUACACUGCUGUAGUUGCGCGCUACUCCUCCCCGGCCUCAGCUGCACUAGGCCGUCUCUCCCUUCCCUACCUGUUCCCCGACCUGUCCGCUUUCCACACAGUCGCUGACCUCAUCACUCACCUCCGUACUAGUGAUGCCCGCUUCCGUGCAGCCAUGCCCGCUGAGUUUCUUGCCUCCAACCCUCCCCCGCUCUGGCUCACUCUCUACCACCUAGUCACCCGCCUCCCUGACACUCUGCGUACAGUUAGGGACCACUUCCUAGCUCGCUGCCCCACUGAGCUCACCAUUACCGCCCUAGAGAAGGAACUACUUGCAGCUGAGAAGAGUAUUGUAGCUGUAGGUGCCUCUCGUGGCGACCCCCGCACCCCUUUCUUCGAGGGGUGUUCCCCCUCCCCCCUCCUCCCCUCUGUCGCCUCUGCUGCUGCUGUCGACCUUCUUGGUGCUGAGCAGGUCGGCUCUGCGUCCGCUCCCAGCGGGCGCCGCAGCGGCAAGGGCAGGGGAGGCAAGGGCGGUGGGGGUGACGGCGGGGGAGGCGGUGGUGGGGGUGGUGGCAGCGGCGGGGGCGGUGGCGGGGCUGGAGGGGCUAGUGGCAGCGGUGGGGGUGGUGGAGGCAGCGGCGGCGGCGGUGGCCGGGGUGGUGGCGGUGGUGGUGGCGGCAGUGGACGUGGCGGCGGCAGGGGCGGUGGUGGUCGUGGUGGAGGCGGCGGUGGUGGUCGUGGAGGCUCUGGCACUGGCCAGAGUGCGCAGCACCCUCAGUCCUCCCAGGAGCUUCGUGAGUGGUACUUACAGCACGGGGGUGGGGGGGGUAGCCUUAGCUGCACGUACGUCAUCCGCACUGGUCGCCGCAAGGGACAGACGUGCGGGAGGGCGCACACUGCGCAGCGCUGCUUCUCUCGCCUAGAUGACGCGUGGCGUGCUCAGUUUCCUGACGCUCCUGAGCUCCCUCAGUGGGCUGAUCUCCUCAAGAAGGAUAUCGAUAUCUAUGCUCUUGAUUUUGAUGUUAUUCUCAAAGCAAUGUAUGCAUUGACUAUUAGUGGAGAGGAGGACCAGUACCUGAGUGUUCCGCCUGACCCAGGCAUCCGCACGAGUGAGGCUGCCGCCCUAGGUGCUUGCGUGUCUGCUACCCCAGGUACUGGUGAGGCUACUGCUCUAGGUGCGUGUGUGUCCGCCACCCCAGUCGCUGUCUCGCUCGCUGACCCCUCUGGGGGUCCGGUCAUUGCGACCUCCUCCACUGUCCUUCCUUGUCCUGCUGUCCCGUCGGGCACACUGUCAGGUCUCCACCUCCCCUCGUUCUCUACGAACUUGGUGGCGGGUUGUGCGCUUCACGAUGGGGGUGUUCACCAGUUCACCCCUGCCUACGAGCGUGUGACACACUGCACGUGUGCUCGGACGGGCCGUCACCUGGCUACCUUCACUCGGCAGCCGGGGUCGGACCUGUACACACUGACCACUGAGUCCCCUCAGGUAGCGGCGUCUGCGUCUGCGUCUGCGUCAGGUCAGCUCUCUGCCCCCUGCUCGUGUCGCUCUCUAGCGCACAAGACUGUCCUCUGGCACCACCGACUUGGUCACCCGUCAGUGCAGCGCCUUCGGGGCAUGCACGCCCGGUACCUUGUCUCUGGUCUUCCUCGGGUACUCCCUCCCCUCCCACCCUCCCUUGCUCCUCCUUGUCUUCCCUGUGUCGAGGGGCGGCAGCGCGCUGCCCCUCACUCCUCCUCGUUCCCCCCGACGACUGCUCCUUUGCAGACGCUCCACAUGGACGUGUGGGGCCCAGCCCGCGUCCGUGGUCAGGGCCAGGAGAGGUACUUCUUGAUCGUCGUUGACGACUACUCGCGCUACACCACGGUCUUCCCCUUGCGCACCAAGGGUGAAGUCCCUGAUGUUCUGAUCCCCUGGAUCAGCAGAGCACGUCUUCAGCUGCGAGAGCGUUUUCGCUCGGAGUUUCCUGUUCUGCGCUUGCACUCUGACAGAGGUGGCGAGUUCUCCUCCGACCUCUUGGCAGCCUACUGUGCCGAGCACGGCAUUCGCCAGUCGUUCACGCUCCCGGCCUCUCCACAGCAGAAUGGGGUUGCUGAGCGCCGCAUUGGCUUGGUCAUGGAGGUCGCUCGUACCUCCUUAGUCCACGCGGCUGCCCCCCACUUUCUGUGGCCGUUUGCGGUCCGGUACGCUGCGCAUCAGCUCAACCUCUGGCCCCGUGUCUCCGCUCCGGAGACCUCGCCCACACUGCUGUGGACGGGGGAGGUUGGCGAUGCGUCACGCUUCCGUGUCUGGGGAUCCCGAGCUUUUGUUCGCGACACGUCUGCGGACAAGCUCUCCUCCCGCACUGCUCCCUGUGUCUUUCUUGGCUUUGUCCCGGAUGCGUCUGGCUGGCAGUUUUACCACCCCGCCUCGCACCGAGUCUUCCCCUCUCAGGACGUCACUUUUGACGAGUCCGUGCCCUUCUACCGCCUCUUCCCCUACCGCACUGCCCCGCUCCCUCCCCCGCCUCUCUUCCUCGCGCCAGGUGCUGCAGUGGUAGACCCCCUUCCCCCUCAAGGUGCCGCUCCCUCAGGUGUCUCUCAGGUAGACCCGGUUGAGCCUGCCGAGGUAGCUGUCGACUCGCGUCCUGCUAGAGGUGCUGAGCCUGAGCGUGCGGAGCCUGAGCGUGCGGAGCCUGAGCGGGCGGAGCCUGGGGGUGCUGAGUCUGGGGGUGCUGAUCCUGGGGGUACUGAGCCUGGGGGUGCUGGGUCUGGGGGUACUGAGCCUGGCGUUGCUGAGUCUGGGGGUGCUGCGCCUGGAGUUGCUGAGCGUGGGGGUGCUGAGCCUGGUGGUGUUGCAGUUGACUGUGAGGCGCCUGGAGGACCUCCCUCUUCGCAGCAGCUGCGUGAGUGGUACUCACGGUACUGCAGCCUCCGGCGGGGUGAGUCUCGGGCUCGUGGUACUGCUGGAGUUGGUACUCGUGCUUCCCCACCACGGCGGGAGCCGCCCUCUUCCCCUCAGCUUCGAGAGUGGUACGCUCGGCACAUCAGUCUCUGUAGUGGAGCUGCUGGUGCUGGGGUCCCCGGAGUUGACGCUGCUGCGGGUGCUACGGACCCUGGUGCUGGAGGUGCUGCUGCUGCUGGCGGUGCUGCUGGAGGUACUGCUGCUGCUGGCGGUGCUACUGGAGGUGCUGCUAGUACUGAGGACCCGGGCGUUGGAGCUGCUGUGGGUGCUACGGACCCUGGUGCUGGAGGUGCAGCUGCUGCUGGCGGUGCUGCUGGAGGUACUGCUGCUGCUGGCGGUGCUGCUGGAGGUGCUGCUGGAGGUGCUGCGGACCCUGGUGCUGGAGGUGCUGCUGCUUCUGGAGGUGCUGCUGCUGCCGCUGGUGUCUCUGCUGGUUCGAGAGCUGCUGCACGGCCACGACCGUACUUUGUUCCGCUCCUUCAGCAGGUUCUUGGUCAGCCUCCUCCUCCUUGUUCUCCUCUCGCCUUAGAGUGUCCGCCGUCUGUCCAGUCACAGCCACAGUUACCGCCUGCCUCCCCACUCCCUGUGCCUGCUCCUUACACUGGUCCGACUGACGGUCUUGCUGAGAGACGUGAGCCUGCGUCACGUCCUGUGUCACCUGCGUCUCGUCGAGCGUCGCCUGUUCGAGCUGCUACCACUGGUAGUCGUGUCCCGCGUGAGCGUCCUCCUGCUGUCCCAGGCACACACCGGAUGGCGCUUCGUCAGUCCACUGCUCCGCAGCGUGUUGCUCUCCCGUCGCCUCCUGCGUCCUCUCUUUCUGCUCUUGCUGACCCGGAGUCAGACUCCCUUCGUGCUGCCAGUCCUACUGUCACACGUCUCCUGGCUACGGUUGUCACUGACCCUUCCUUUGAGUCCGCUGCUGCGUUUGCCCUAGUCACUAAGCUUGUCGACUUUGCAGCUGCGUGUCGUCUAGACUACGCAGCGAGUCUUGUUGCUGAGUCUGAGUCUGCGUGUCCUCCGUUCGUCGGGGGUGAGUGUGCUCUUGGCACGGACGUCCUUGAGGACAGGCAGGAGGAGUUUGGUUGCCUUGCCGCUGCUUUGCCCCAUCUCGUGUCCAUGCUUGUUGCCCCUGAGGGAGACCCGGAUGCACCAGACAUCCCGACCCCACGCUCUUACGCAGAGGCGAUGGCCGGUCCCUACUCCUCUCAGUGGCAGUCAGCCAUGGACACAGAGAUGGCUUCCUGGAAGUCCGCAGGCACCUACGUCGACGAGGUUCCCCCACCUGGGGCGAACAUCGUCAGUGGCAUGUGGAUUUUCAGGGUGAAGCGGCCGCCGGGCUCUCCGCCUGUCUUCAAGGCGCGUUACGUUGCACGAGGCUUCAGUCAGCGAGAGGGAGUUGACUUCUUCCAGACCUUCUCCCCGACCCCGAAGAUGACCACUCUUCGGGUUCUGCUACACGUCGCUGCUCAGCGUGACUACGAGCUCCACUCUCUUGACUUCAGCACAGCUUUCUUGCAGGGCAGCCUGCACGAGGAGAUCUGGCUGCGCCGCCCACCUUGCUUCACUGGGUCGUUCCCUCCUGGCACCCUGUGGAGCCUCCGGCGGCCAGUCUACGGUCUCCGCCAGGCGCCGCGUGAGUGGCACGACACGCUGAGGUUUACACUUUCGGCUCUUGGGUUUGCUCCUUCUACUGCUGACCCGUCGCUGUUUCUGCGCACCGACACCUCGCUGCCGCCGUUCUACAUCCUCGUGUACGUCGACGACUUGGUCUUUGCCACUGCGGACACUGCCGCACUCGCCCACGUGAAGUCCGAGCUGCAGAAGAGACACACGUGCACAGACCUGGGUGAACUGACAAGCUAUCUUGGCUUGCGGAUCACCCGGGACAGAGCACGCCGCACCAUUACCCUGACUCAGUCACACAUGGUGCAGCAGGUCCUUCAGCGCUUUGGCUUCACGUACUCCUCGCCUCAGUCCACUCCUCUGCCUACGGGUCACUCGCUCUCAGCUCUGCCUUCGGAUGAGUCCGUAGAGUCGAGUGGUCCGUAUCCAGAGCUUGUGGGCUGCCUCAUGUACCUGAUGACCUGCACUCGACCUGACCUAGCAUACCCUCUCAGCAUCUUAGCACGCUAUGUUGCUCCCGGCCGUCACCGGAAGGAGCACAUGGAUGCAGCUAAGAGGGUGUUGCGCUACUUGUGCAGUACGUCGGGCAUGGGGCUAGUGCUUGGAGGGCGAGACCGGCCUGUUCUCACUGGGCACUCAGACGCUUCUUGGGCAGACGACCAGGCUACUCAGUGGUCGUCUCAGGGUUACACCUUCAGUCUUGGCUCUGGCUCUGUCUCUUGGCGUUCUACUCGUUCUUCUUCUGUUCUCAGCUCCAGCUGUGAGGCUGAGAUCUACGCCACGGCCAUGGCUGCCCAGGAGCUUCGCUGGCUCACCUACCUGCUGACUGACCUUGGAGAGCAGCCUCGUUCUCCUCCAGUGCUGUACGUCGACAACAAGGCAACCAUUGCCUUGUGCCAGGAGCACAGACUGGAGCACAGGACGAAGCACAUUGCUCUGCGUUACUUUCUAGCUCGAGAGCUACAGCAGCGUGGUCAGCUUCUUCUGCGUUACGUGGCCACUGAGGCCAACACUGCUGAUGUGUUCACCAAGGCGCUUCCGCCUGUUGACCAUCAGCGUUUUUGCACUCUUCUAGGCCUUGUGCCGACUGUUUCUCACUUACUUACUUCUUGA